AUGAAUGAAGAGAAACGUUGGUUAAGCGAAUGGUAUAGAAAAUGCCGCAAUAAAUAUAUUGACCUUGUCGGUGAUUUUGGAGGUAGCGAAUUAUUCGUAAUAGAUGGGGAUAGCUUACUUUUCAAAUUUCUAUAUGAUCCUGAAACUGACUUUCUUGACUUUGGACUAACUAUUAGUGGAGGUCAAUAUCUGGCUCUUACUUUUUUGGUCGAAAAUUUUCUUAAUAAACUCAAAGAACGUGAGUGUGUUUUUCACAUCGCUUUCUUCGAUGUUCAUAAAUCUUUAUGGAAUAACCGACCAAAAUUACGAAUUGCCAGGGAGAUUAUUAUUGAACAUUUAAAAUCUAAUACUAAAAUUCCGGUCUUUAAAUUUAAGAAUUGGUGGACUGAAGAAUGGAAGAAUCAUUUAGACAACAUGCAACCAUUAUUUAUUUUAACUGGUGAUGGCUCAACAGAAAAUUUAGAAAUUAAAGAAAAAGAUAAUUAUAAAGAUAAAGAAAUCGAUGUAUCUUCAAUUUCUGGUAUUGCAACAAAAAAAUCAUUAAAAUUAACUAUCGUAUUACGAGCAUUUAUAUACUUUUCUCUUCAUAUGGAUAUGCCUGUCGCAUUGUUGCCCGGAAUGGAGUUUAAAGAUUCACGCGCGUACGCUUUUGUACUUGAAAGAGGUGGUAACGUUAAUCUUGAAACUCAAAACAAAUUAGAGAACAUUAUAUAUUUGACAAUAAAAGCGCUUGAAGCUUACGAUGAAAAAUCUAAUUGGUACAAAAAUUUUAAAUUAACAACAUCGAGCAAAUAUUUGAUGACUUCUCAAGAAUAUACACUUAUAUGUUCAAAUGGUGGGAAAAGGAUUGCCAUUGUUUUAUUGUCUUUGAUGGGAGUUUUAUGUAACAAUAAUGAUAAACCAUAUUUUCAAUAUCUAGCAAAAAUCUUUUUGCUUCAUGUUAUUUUCCUAGACUAUCUUCCUUUAAAAUCAAGGGUUUCUCCACCAUUAGAUAGUGAAUUUGAUGAAAGUAUGAUUAAACAAUUCCUACAAAGUUUUUUUGUCUAUUGUGCUCAAAUUUAUAUUGAUAGAAUUCUUCCAAAUAAUUUUCAAGAUUUGAAUAAUAAUCUUUAUGAUCUGGUAGACACACGACUUUUUGUGUCUUUAAUUCAAUUUCGAUAUGAUGAUGUGCUAAACUUCAACGUUCUUCCUGAUGAGAUUAAGCAUCAAUUUGAUGCUUGUUGGAAUCUCUUAAAACGAUUAUGUGAGUGUAAUUCUUUAUAUGUCGACGACGACGAUAAAAAUUUUAAGAAUACUAUUGAUAAAAUUGAGAUUGAUCUACAAUCACGUUUAGAAUAUAAUACAGAAACAACCCUUCUUCCUUUCAAAUAUAAGUUCUUUGAAGAGUACCUUGGAGACAUGCAUUUAAAACUUCCUGAAAAUUCGAAUGUAAAAAUUGACGCGGGUCAGUAUGGAUUAAUUGGAAAUGUUUAUUAUGACGAUAUUACACAUUGGCAUUCUACAAAACCGAUCGAAACUACAAACAAAUCAGAGUUCUAUUACAAUAAGCAUAAAACCUCUUUGAAACGAGAAGGUUAUCAAAAAUAUGUGAGGUUUUUAGAAAGAUAUGCGGCUUCAUUAAAUGGCACGCAAGGAUAUUAUCCACAAGAUAUAAUAGUGGAAAAAUCAGGUAGAAAAUCAUCAGUUAAGAAACAAUCUGCUCGUGCAAUAAAGAUAAUUGAGGAAAAUGAAGAAAAAAAGUUGCAAGAAUCAUUGAAACUGUCUGAAAAAUGUCUUGAUAGUGCAUUGAAAGAAAUUUUAAAAAUUAAAAAUAUAAAAAAACAAAUUACUCUUUUAGAUGACAAAAUUGAAAAAAAAGGCAAAAUCACACAUCCAUUUACUAUAUUUAGAGGUCAAUUCAAAAAAUUGGAGUUCUUGAUGGAACUUUGGGCCGAACAUUGUAAAACAUCUAAAGUGAAAAAUGACUGGAUAAUUCCUGUUGAAAUAUUGCGUCAAGUGUUCUAUAUAGUACAAAAUUUUCCAAAAUAUUUGGAUGACAAGCGGAAAAAAAACUUAAUUGAAGUUUUAAAUCGACUUAAAUUUACCAACUGUAAAAAAAAAUUGAAAAAAAAUGUUAAAGUUUCAAAUGAAACCAAUGUAAAUGAUAAGAAACUCCUAUCGUUUGAUUUUAAUUUACCUGAAGAUUCGAUCGAUUUAUCUAUUGAAAUGUCCGACGUUAGAUUUCAAAUGUUAUACGCGGGUCAUUUAAUGGAUCGAAAUACAAAUUCGAUGGAUGAUCCUCGAGUUCCAUUUAAGCCAGAUGAAUGGCAAGUUAAAGUUUUAGAUUUAAUUGAUAAAGACGAAUCUGCAUUAAUUUGUUGUCCAACUUCAUCGGGAAAAACUUUCAUUUCAUUCUACGCGAUGGAAAAAGUUCUUCGGGAAAGUGAUGAUGGAAUUUUAGUAUAUGUUGCUCCCACUAAAGCUUUGGUUAAUCAAGUAACAGCUGAGAUUUAUGGUCGGUUUAAGAAAAAUUAUAAAUACGGCAACAAAACAACCUGGGGCAUAUAUACUCGAGAAUAUCGUGAAAAUCAUGAGAAAUGCCAAAUUCUUGUAACAAUUCCACAAAUGCUUGAAAUAUUGGUUUUAUCUCCGCAACGUGCGUCGUGGGCUCGAAAUAUAAAAAGAAUCAUUUUUGACGAGAUCCAUAUGAUUGGAUUAGAUGGAGGUGAAUAUUAUGAUCAUCUACUAUUAUUAAGCAGAUCUCUCCCGAUUUUAGCCCUUUCAGCUACCAUUGGGAAUCCAGAGAUAUUUCACAAAUGGAUGGCUAAGUCUAAAAAAGCUCAUGGACCUCCAAUGAAACUUAUCAAAACAACAAAAAGAUUUUCAGAUUUACAACCAUACGUAUAUUUGCCGAGAUUUCCACUGACUUCACUCCUUGAGACAACGGUAAAUCCAAUAGAAGAGCAACGGCAAAGAGAAAGUAUUGUUCCCAUUAAUCCGAUAUUUUCUUUAUCAAUGAUCAUUUUAAAAGAACACGGAUUACCUGAUGAUAUGAAACUUGUUCCAUCUCAAUGUAUUCAACUUUGGGAUGAAAUGAAAAAACAUAUGGGUAAUAACCCGCCUAGUGGAUUUAAUAAGUUAGACCCUGAUGAAUAUUUUAAAGAUAUCGGUUAUAUUGUCAAAGAUGAUGCUGAUAAAUAUGAACAAGAACUUAAGAAAGCUUUUACGAAAUAUGCAAGGGAUGACUCUACAAUUAAUAUAGUAAAAUCAACUAUUGAAGAACUAGGGACUGAUAUUAAAGAUGGAUUUACGGAACUGGAAUUAACAGCCAAUGGAUUAGAUGUUUACGGAGAUGAGUUUUUUAAAAAGGGAAUUGUACCAUUAUUAUGCGAACUCUCAGCACAGGAUAAGCUUCCGGCUAUUUUGUUUCAUUUUGAUAGAAAAGGAUGCGUUGAACUUGCACUUCAUAUUUUGGAACAAUUAGAAUUAGCAGAGGACACAAAGAGAGCUGGUGAUCCGGAAUAUCAAGCAAAAAAGAAAGAAGCAAUAUCUCAAGAAAAGGCUCGUAAGAAAGAAUUAAAGAGAACACGAGAUUUAAAGACUAAAGAAGAUAUCGCACAAAGCGAAGUUCCUCCAGAACUAGAAACCUCUAUUCCGACAAUUUUUGACUGGGAAGCACAUGAUCCUGAUUUUACUUUCGUAAAUCGAAAAUAUCAAGUCCCUUCAGAAGAAUUUGAAAAAUUAAUAGAACAUGCACGUCGAAAAAUGGGAGGAAAUUCCAAAUUAUUGAUAGCACUGGAAAGAGGUAUCGGAGUACAUCAUUCUGGUCUUCCUAAAAAAUAUUUAAGCGCGGUUGAAAUUCUCUUUAGACGUCGUCAUUUACGAGUUAUAAUUGCAACUGGUUCUUUAGCUCUUGGUAUAAAUAUGCCGUGCAAAACAGUGGUAUUUGUUGGAGAUUCAAUUUUUCUUACUGCUUUACAAUACAGACAAAUGUCCGGAAGAUCGGGAAGAAGAGGAUUUGACCCUAUAGGUCAUGUAAUAUUUUUUGGCAUACCCCUAACGAAGAUUAUAAGACUUCUUAUGUCAGGAUUACCAAGCCUUUCAGGACAUUUUCCUUUGACGACAACUCUUGUUUUACGUUCUUUUAAUCUUCUUAACCAAUGUAAGAAUCAGAAUGUGGAUGAUUAUAAUUAUGCCAAAAAUGCUAUCAAAGGGUUAUUCAGUGAAUCCUUUUUUUGUCUUGGUAAAGAAUAUUUAUCUGAACAAAUUAAGCAUCACUUAAGAUUUUCCAUAGAAUACUUGAUGCGCGAAAAUCUUUUAGAUCAAAAUGGCAAUUUGAUUAAUCUAUCAGCUAUGGUCUCCCACUUAUAUUAUGUAGAACCAAGUAAUUUCGCAUUUUCUGUUUUAUUUAAACAUGGUGUAUUUCACGAAAUUUGUUCAAAAUUGAGAACAGACUCUUUACAAGUAAAAGAAAAAGUAAUGGAUGAAUUGAUUUUAAUUCUUUCCCAUCUGUUUAAAAGAGCUAAAUUGCGCAAGAUAUCUGGAAGUGAAUGUCGAAAUCCAAAAUAUCCCUCUAAAGUUAUCUUACCUCCUUUACCGAAAGAUGUCAAUGAUAUUUUAAAAAAUCAUAAUGGACGUAUUUUAAAUAUUUAUACUGAUUACGUUGUAACUUUCGCGAGAAACAAUAAUUCUAAGUUGGGACUUGAUAAUACCUUACCCCUAUCAUUAAUCGAAAUCCCUCCUAAGUCUAUGCUAAAGAAAGAUCCUUUAAUUUCUAAACUUGAAUCAAUGGCGAUUUCAUUUGUUGCUCGAUCACCUUUUAUUGCUGUAUGUAGUUCUUUAGGUGAUAUUUUUAUGAAUUUAGAAGAUUUAACUAGUCAUAUUCAUAGUGAAAUAUUUUUGGAUCUUCAUAGUAUACCUUUUAUUAAAACGGAUGAAAAUAUAAAUGCAUGUAUAAGUGAUUUUUUCUCUCACGGUCAAGAAAUUGCCCUUGUUGAAUCAAAUGGAAUAAGGCGCGGUGAAGUUUGGCAAGUCUUAAAGGAUUUUCAUUUGAUUCUUUUGUCAAUAGUUAGUUCUUUAAAAACUAGGAUUGAAGAAAUAGGUAAAUUAGAAUUAGAUAAGACCUUAUUUGUGAAAGAAACCCGUGUUCUUGAAGGGUUUGAAAUGGUUCGAACACGCUUUGAAGAACAAUUCUUCCGUAUUUGGGCCUAA